AUGUCCGCCCUGAAACAAGUGAUGCAGGUCAUCGGCUCGCAUCACAUUUCCAAUGAGCUGCUGGAAUCAGAUUGCGACAAGUCCGGCGGUCUGAUUUCCAACGGCGAGUACGCGUGGUUUGCCGCCGGGGCUAACCUCAUACUUUAUUCGAAACAGCUCGGGUCAGUUUUGUCGUCCCGGUCAUUUGCCACCAAUCAAAAGGACAAAUCGUUGACGAUUACCUUUGUUCAAGAAUUACAUAAAAGGGAAAAUUCACACUUUCUGUUAGUCGGAUGUUCAUGUAAAUCUUUUGGUUUAUUGUUUAUUUGUCAAUUGCCAACACUAACGACCAUUCGUUGUAUUCAUAUACCAAAUCCAAUAUCCUACAUUUCUACAAUAAAUAAUGAAUCACUUGCGCAAGAUCAACUUUGUGAUGAAUUUAAAGUUAUGUCCACUGUACUCUUAGUUGGAAUGAUAACUGGAGCAGUUUUUGCAGUUGACUUAAGACAUCGUUACAUUGAAAACCAAUUACGAAGAAAUGAGAUAGUUGUAAAUGAAUCUAGACCAAGCAAACUAUUUACAAUGAGGAAAAAUGAGGAUUGCCAAGAAGUUAAAGAGAUGGGUGAUGAUGGUGAUUGUCAUUUAGCAAUGUUUAUAAAUGAAAACUUCUGUAUUUAUUGUAAAAAACAAUACCGUGGCAAACUAAACUUCAGCAUAUCUAGUUUGUUGUAUAACGAAGAAAUCAAUACGGUUGCCAUUGGAUAUUCUACAGGUCACUUUCAACUAUGGGACUGUAAAGUAAUGCGAACAAUAUAUUUGUUAAAAGAUCCUAAAUGUGUUAUGCCAGUAACCCAUAUUACUUUUCUUGAACCAUCUGAUGAUCCAAACAAUCUAUGUUAUCUUUGGGUUAUUCAAUCAGAUAAUUCUAGACUUCCAAAUGCAAUGAUGAUUGCUUUAACUUAUGAACAGAGAACUAUGAUGUCAAAUGGCUGUUUGUCAUAUAGAGUUUAUAAAGGAAAUGGUAUAAAAUUAGAAAUGUCAUUGAGAAGAGAAUCUGGAAUUGGUCGAUGUAUAUCUGCAUUAACUUUAUGUAAUGUGAACUUGUUCAGAAAUGAAACUGAUAUGGAUGAAGAUUGUGAAAUUAGAUUAUUUGCAAUGUUAAUGGAAGUUCGUCAAAAUGUUGAUGCUAACCCUGAAUCUUACGUUUUUUUGUUUGAUAUUAACCAGUGGUAUAAAGCCCAGAUGCCAUCAAAUAUAAAUCACCUUAAAGUAUCAAAUUCUUACGCUAGUUUUGUAAAAUUGCCUCAUAAUGUCAGUUAUUUAGAUUUAAAUAUUUCUGACAAAACAUUGCGCCCAUUCGGUUACAAUUUUAGAAAUAAUGUUGAAGAACUCUAUUAUCCAUCUUCAAUAUAUUUUGAAUGCGAUUGUUUAUUAGACACUGAAAUUAUUAGAUUUAAACACGCUGGUGUUCAACAAGAAAUUUUGGAUCAAUUGCUUUUAAAAAAUUGGAGGUUGUUAAUAAACCCAAGUUUAAUAUUCAGCCAAUGUUUACAAACAAAUUUAAGACCUUUCUUUUGGGAUAAAACAGAUGAUUACGUAAAUUACAGUUUGCCUGAUCAAAGAAGUUUUGUAAUAUCAAUUAUAGUUGAAAACAAAAUUAUGUCAGUUCUUAGUGCAUGUGCUGAAGAAUGGAAAAAUGGAACAUAUGUAUCUAGUGAAGCAACAAUUUUACAUUUAGUUCAAUGUCUUUGGAAGCACGUCAUGGUUGUUAAACAAUAUGCAGACAAAUUAUGUGUCCCUUUAUUUGACUAUUCUGGUACGCAGUUGGGUAAAAAAGAUGAAAGGAUAUUAAAUCAUUGCUUAUCUCAAAUGCUGUGUGUUAAACAUUUCCUAGAAGAUUUGCAUAAUGCAUAUGGUAUUCAUAUAAUAAAUGUUGAUUAUUCUUAUCGUGUGUAUACACUAAAUUUGGUUACUCAAUAUUUUAAAGCAGUGACAUGUUUUCUUAACUAUGGACUUUUACCAGAAUCUAAUGAAGAAGACCCUACUCAGAAAAUUAUAAAAUGUGAUUUUUCAUCUCUUAUUGAAUAUGCAAUUAAACGCCGAAUGGAAUUUGGAGAUUUGUCAUUAUAUCUUAUUGACGCAUUUGUGUCUAAUGAACCUAAAGGCAAUAAAUUAAUUGAACAAUGGCAACAUGAAGGUGGUGAAGCAACUAAAGGCUUGUAUCCUCCGUCUAAUGUUCAAUGCCUAUUAAGGAUUUAUUUGAAUGCUGCACUUUCUAACCAAGUCAAGGAUUUUAUUACAAUUUAUUUUUUGAUUGACGUCUGUUCUUCGCAUGAGAUUGAUGUAAUUACGGCAAAUCGUAUGUGUAAUUUUGCUGUUGAAUUUGAUGUUGAGAAUAAAGGAUUGAAUACACUUUGUCGUGCUAGCUGGUUAUUAGAUCAUGACAUGUUUGAAGAAGCUAUGGAUAUCUUAGCAAGUAGUCAUGAAUGGCUGGUUAAUGAUAAAUCUUGGGAUUGGUAUCACUGGACUGUCUUGAAAUUACUUGUAUAUAAAGAACAAUAUUUUUGGGCACGGUUUUACAUGCAACUCACUAAAAUCAGUUUAGUUAACAUUGAUGAUCACAAGUUUUAUGUUAACUUGCAAAUCAUGAACAACCAAUGUUUUGAUACUUUAGUUUAUUUACGAGCAAGACCCUUUAAAGAAAAACAAACUUUGUUUGAAUAUUUCUUUGACCGAUGUAGAGAAACAAACAAAUUAAAAUGUUUGAUAGAUUAUCUCUGGGAUGUGGAUGAAACAGAAUUAUUUUUUUCUUAUUUGAAAAAGUUUGAUGAUACUGAAACAUUAACUUUUCAAUUGUUAUUUUUGUUACAGCGAGGAAGACAUAAGGAAGCUAUAAAACUAAAUCAAACAUUAAAAGCUAGCCUUAAGUCAAAUAAUAAUGAUGCACUGACAAUUACUAGUCUUUUAGUUGAUGGAUUUGAAAAAAAUAUUCCUAAUAUUAUGAAAAACGAUUAUGGCCGUCUUCCUCUUCAAAGUGUAUAUAAAAAACCAAAUGUUGUUGUGAAAUGUAUGAACAAUGAGAGUAAAAUGUUUGUAAUGGAUAGGAAUAAAGUAAAUAAUUUGGUAAAACGACGGAGUGCAUCUUUUACGCCAUCAAAUUCAAUUGAUCUUUUCUUACCAGCAAAUAAUAGCACAAGAAAGCGGUCACCUAUAGAUGAUAUGAUUUGUAAUGAAAAACGCAGAAAAAUAGAUGAAAAUUUAUUAAGUACUCCAAACGCCAAUAAGGAAAUUGUAAAACCAAUUGAGAAACAAGUAUUAGAAAUACUCAAUACUCCUUUAGUUGAAAAAACCAUUGCAUCACCAUCUAUUACAAGCUUCUCAUCAAUUUUAAAGACAAAAUUUGCAACAAACAAACAGAAAAUAUUGUUUAGUCUUGAUAAGACUCCAAGGUCUUCAAUAAGAUUUAGUAUACCUGCCAAUGCUGACACUACAGUUGAAAGAGUUGAUUUUGAAGAAGUGCUUAACGUACAACAGAUUGAUAAUCCUGAAAAUGAAAGCUUUUACAGCGUUAAUAGCAGUGAUGCCAAUGAUUUACCAAAUCAAAUAAUUUCUGAACAAAUACCAUUAACUUUCCAUGAGUCACUCAAAGAAAAUUCCAAAAUGGAUAUGAGUGAUGAAUAUGAAAAAAUGGAUAUUUCUGAGGAAAAUCCAUAUUCUGGACAUGAACAAAUUAAAAUAGAUGACAUGUCUGAAAAUGAAACGAAAAACGAAGAAAUGGUUUUGAGUUCGGCAGAUGAGUGUGUUGUCUUGACAUCUGAAGAAGAGGAUGAUAAAGAGAUUUCAGUAUCAAAAUUAUCACCGAAAAAUACAAGUUUAGCUUUGAAUGAAGACAUUAAACUUUUGACUUCAAAAUCAGUUUCAAUAGAUAAGAAAGAAAUCUUAGAUCAGUAUUAUACGGCCUUGACUCCUUUAGUUGUUGAUAAUAAUUGUCUAAUUCCGAAUAUCCAAGAUAAUUUAAGUAAAAAUGAAGACAUUAAACUUUUGACUUCAAAAUCAGUUUCAAUAGAUAAGAAAGAAAUCUUAGAUCAGUAUUAUACGGCCUUGACUCCUUUAGUUGUUGAUAAUAAUUGUCUAAUUCCGAAUAUCCAAGAUAAUUUAAGUAAAAAUGAAAAACCAUUGUUUAAAGAUAUUUCUACUGCAUGUUUAAUACAGAACACAAAUUCCAAUGAGCGGCUCCCAGUAAAAAAAAUAAAUGAUGAUAUUGAUUGUAUUUUAUUGGAUUCGGAUGAGGAUGAAAGUGACAUUUUAUCUGUAGGUUCAUCAAGAAAAAAUUUAUCAGAUGAUAGUAUUGUAUCAGGUGGGAGUAUUAUAACAGAAGGCGAUAUUGGAUCAGAUGGCAGUAUUAUAGUAUCAGGUGGCACUAAUGAAUCAGAUGACACUAAUGAAUCAGAUGGCACUCAUGAAUCAGAUGGUAGUAUUGUAUUAGAUGACAGUAUUACAUCAGAUGGUGGCAAUAUUGCAUCAGAUGAUGGCAGUAUUGCAUCAGAAGACAGUGAGUUAGAUAACACAAGAUAUGGUAGAUUUAAAUCUCAAAGAAGACGAGAUGGUGAAGAUAGUAAUGACGAGGAACUUGAAGAAGAAUAUAUUGAAGAAGAAGAAGAUGAUGAUGAAAUUGAAGAGGAGGAAAUUGAAGAAAAAUGCGAAGAAGACGAAAUUGCAAAAAAAAGUGAAGAAGUUGAAAUUGCAGAAGGUGAAGAAGACGAAAUUGCAGAAGAAGGUGAAGAUGACGAAAUUGCAGAAGAAGGUGAAGAAGACGAAAUUGCAGAAGAAGGUGAAGAAGACGAAAUUGCAGAAGAAGGCGAAGAAGAAGAAAUUACGGAAGAAGGUGAAGAAGACCCAGAAGAAGGUGAAGAAGACGAAAUUACAGAAGAAGGUGAAGAAGACGAAAUUGCAGAAGAAGGCGAAGAAGAAGAAGAAGAAGAAGAAACUGCAAAAGAAGGUGAAGUAGAUGAAAUUGUAGAAGAAGGUAAAGAAUUUGAAAUUUAUUGUUUAGACUCAGAAGAAUCUGAUGGAGAAGUAAGCCCAAAACAAUGUGAAAACAAACGGCUAAGAGUAGUUGAAAGUGAUUCAGAACAUAAUAGUGAAGUAAACAAUGAAACAGAACAUCCUUCCAUGGACGAUUUAGAUCAACAAAAUAUUAAAUUUGAUGAAAAUGAAGACAUCGGAUCUGAAAAUAAAGAUAAAAGAUAUGACAACGAUAAUGAUGAGAAUAAGUCGGAGGAUGUUGUGUUUAUUGAUGAAGAUGAAGAUGAAGAUGAAGAUCAGGAAGACUUUGAGUUUGUUGAAAAUGAAGAACCAGAUGAAGUAAGUGACGAAAAUAAUUCAGAAGAACCAGAUGUUCCGAUUUUUACUGAAGAAGAAUUAAGGAUAAGAGCACAAAAUGUCCGUGAUUAUGGAUUACAAGAACCAGUUGGCAUAAUUGUUGGCCGAAAUUUUAUAAAUUCAGUAUUUCCUAAUGGCAUACGUCCUAGCCAAAUUAGAAGACAAUUGAACGAAAAUGUAGAAAAUGUAGAAAAUGUAGAAGUACCUAUAGUUAUAAUUGAUGAUGACUCAAAUGAAAAUAAUAGUUCAGAAGAACCAGAUGUCUUGGAUCUUGUAAGUGAAGAAAACAGUUCAGAGGAACCAGAUGUCUUGGAUCUUGUAAGUGAAGAAAACAGUUCAGAGGAACCAGAUGUCUUGGAUGAUGAAAGUGAAGAAAACAGUUCAGAGGGACCAGAUGUCUCGCUUAAUGUUGGAAGUGAAGAAAACAAUUCGGAAGUACUUGCAUGUGAACAAAACAAUUUUGAAGAGUCAAAUGUCAUACUCAAUGAUGAAAGUAUUGCAAAUAAUUUGAAAUUGUUUGAAGCUCUCAAAAAUGAGAAAACAUUAGAAAAGAAUGAGUUAGUUGACAGUCAUAAAAUAGUAUAUCCCAAUGAUUCACAAUCCAAUUCAUUAGAAAAUCUUACUCCUCGUAUGUAUAACGUUGCUGAAGAGACCCAUUCAAAUGAUAACAGUCAGAUAUGUUUUAAAGAAAAUGAAAAUUCUCGUAGUAUUAAAAUUGAAGAUGACAAAACGAAUGAUUCACGUGUGAUAGAAGACAAUGAAAAUGUUAUUGAAGUAGUUGAAAAUACAGAUAAAGUAAAUGAGCCUAUUAAUCUUGAUGACAUUGAAAACAAUAAAGAUAAUUUAUCUAUUGACCAGAAUGAAGAUAACCAUUGUGAUGAGUAUACAUCUAAUAAUGAUCAUUCUUUUGAAAUGUUUAGAAACGAAUCUAAUCCUAUACCUGAUGAUGGUUUUAAUCAUCUUACAAUGCCUGGAGUUGAAGCAAAUCAGCUAGAAGUAGAUGUUAAUCAAUCUACUCCAUUUAUGUUUGGGGAAUCAUUUUUUGGUCGACAAGAAAUUCCUGAGAAGAAGCCCAUGCUUCUGUUUGGCCACUUAUAUUCUUUGGAAAAUGAACAGUUGAAUGUAGAUGUACAAGCCGAUAAACUUGAAACCCAAGAGUCAGAUAUAGUUAACAAUGGAGUUGAUAUUACUAAUAAAGAACCAGAAGUUGAAAUAGAGGGCGAAAUUCAAGAUAUAUUAGAGCUAGAAUCAUUACCUGAAAGUAAUCCAGAUGAUAAUUUUGAUACACAGAACGAUACAGAUUCUAAUAAUUUACAACCAGAGUGUAAAAAAUUUAAUGAAACAUUGUAUGACAAUGGACAAACUGUCUUGUUAGGUGAUUCCCCUCAUCUAAAACCUAUAUAUUUUGGAAACAUUGAUUCCGUGCAAAUAUUUGAAAAUGACGAUCAAACUCCGAGUACAAGUAUAGAUUUAUCCAAAAAGUCUGUUGAACUGGAAAAUAAAGAUUUGACAAGUAAUGAAUGUUGUGACAUACUUACAAUCAAAAAAGCAAACCCAUCCUUACCAAAUGUAUCAGAAGAACAAAUAUAUAAAACAGAUACGGUUCCAACUAAUACAGUUGAAAACUAUACUACAAAUUCUGUAAAUACAAUGGAAUCUGAUAAAUCAACUUGUGUCGUUGAAGAUGAUGAAAAAGUCUGUCCAAUAUCCCAAAGAAGCAUUACAACAACAACUGAACCAAGGCAAUUAAUGAAUAUCGUCAACAUACAGAAUGCUCAUUCUAAAUGUGCUACAUCUGUUGUGUCUUGUUCAUCAAACAUUGAUCAAUUUGAUGAUAUUGGUAGUAAUGAUCAGUUAUUAAAAAAACCAAAUAUUAAUGAAAACAUUAAUACUAGUUUAAAUAAUGAAGAAAUAGGAUCUCAUCAACCAGUCAAGUCUGUACAAAAAUGUAUUGAAUUAGAAACAACAAUUAAAACUGUUGGUCCACAUUGCCCAGAUGCUUCUGGUAAUAUUCAAAAUGAAAAUAAAAUAAAUUUAGUUGAAAAUCUUGCAGAAUUAGAUAAAUGUUGUCAGAAAAGCAGUUUGAAUAUCCCACGAAUUGAAAACUAUAGUUUGCGUUCAUCUUCAAGAAGAAGUAUUUCAAAACCAAAAGAAUGUUUAUUGGAUAUUCCUUCCACAACAGUACAAAUAUUAACUCGUAAUAAAACUAAGAUGUUAUCUGAUCCAAUUCAAGAAAAUAAAACAAAUGUUAUUGAUCAAAUAAAGAAAGCCAAAUCGAUUCCACCGGUAGACACUACACCAAUAACAACAAGAUCAAGGGCUAAAAGUGAACCCAAACAAGUACAGCUAGAACCUAUUUCUUCAAAUAUUUUCCGUAGUUCUGGAAUGGUCGAAGAAAACAGUAGACAAGUAAGGGUGUCAUUAUCAAAAAAGAGAACAAAAAGUCAAGAAAACAUUUCAUCGAUGAAACGUAGAAGUGGACGAUCAAAAUCUUUAGCACCUGAAAAAUCAGAAGCUAAUAAGAGGAAAACUGUGUUUGGCUUAGAGGAAAUACCUGAAGAAGAUACUCCAAAUACAGAUACAAAUAUCAUAAAAACUGAACAUACUGCAUUAAAAAAAAAACCAAAAUUCAAUUUCUUAUCUAAUUCAUCAAAAAAAAUAGAAUAUGUUAAUUUGAACCCAAAAUGUCAAGAAGAUACAAAAAUAAGAACUCCACGAAGAUCUAAAUCACUCCAGCCUGACCCUGUUUUAACAUUUUCUGUUGUGAAGACAAAACCAAAACGAAGUUCAAGUGUAAAUAUGUUAAUUUCAAAUGACGAAAUUCCUACUGAAAAAGACGAUUUAAUGGGAGUUUUAAAAAAAGCAUUAAAUCCGCCAGAAAAAAUAAGAAAACGCUCUGUGACAGAGUCACUCAGAAGUAGAAAAAAACAAAAAAUACAAAAUCAAGUUGAGGAAGAAAAAAAAGAAGUUGCUGAAUCUAAGUAUAAUUUAAAUGAAUCUAAUCAAAGUAAUCAGUUUUCAAAUUCCUCUUAUUCUUCUGAACAAUUAUCGCCAAUUGUUGGGAACAUUUCUCAGCAUAUGUUGUAUACUCCAGCAAAAAAACAAACUAAAAUACGUAUGAUGAAUUUGGAUACUGAAAAUGAAGAUUCUUCUUCAGACGAAUCAACAGAUUCAAAUCGAAUUAUGACCAGAUCAAUGAUUCAAAAUUCUAGCAUUGUAGAAUUAGAUCCUAUUCGCCGUACGCUGAAGAGUGAAAUCAGACCAUCAAAAGUACCCAUCAACAGGCAAAGAAGAAGAUCAUCUUCUGUUAGUAACAUACCCGAAAGUAAAACUCCAAAGAAAUCAGCUUCGUCUGUCUUUGAAAAGGAUGAAUUAUUAUUUUCUAAGCGCAAAGCCAAACAUAUAAAGGAAACAAUCGUUCGUGCACCAAUAGAACCAUCAAUUGAACAACCUUCUACUUCAGAAAGACGUAUAACACGUUUUCAACAAUCAAUAUUAGAUAAAUCAUUACAAUCCACAUCUGUUAUUGGACAAGAUACGACAACUAAUAACAUCACUGUACCAAAGCCAGAAAAGAAAAAAAUUACUAAAAAAAACUGA